AUGCCGGCGAUGGCGGUGAAGAACGGCUCUCGGCCGCCGUGGGUGGGGCUGGGGGCGGCGGUGUGGGUUCAGAUGGCAGCGGGAUGCGGCUACACCUUCCCUCUCUACUCUCCUGCCCUCAAGUCGGCCCUGGGACUGACGCAGCAGCAGCUCACCAUCCUCGGAGUUGCCAAUGACGUCGGUGAGAACAUCGGUGUGCUCCCUGGGGUCCUCUGCAACCGGAUACCCCCCUGGGGCAUCCUGCUUGUCGGCGCUGCCUGCAGCUUUGCCGGGUUCGGCGCUCUCUGGCUCGCCGUCAGCCGCACCGUCACCUCCAUACCGUAUUGGCUGGUCAGCCCUCUUUCCUAAUCUUCUUUAUCUUCCGCUAGUUCUCUCUCGUAAGAAAUGCACAGUUAGUCAUCUCUCUACUCAUCGCGACCCGUGAUUGUUCCAAUUGCCGUUAUAUGAUCCUGACUAAAGCAUAAUAUUCCCUUUGUCCCAGUUGUGAAAUAAAAUAAUUGCUGAAAUACUUGAUGAGUUGGAGACUGGCCCUGAAGUUUGAAGGUUUUCGAAGCUAUCAUCUAGUUGGGACUUCUAUUCCAUCUUGAUUGAUGCUGAUAUGUAAAAAUUAAGUGUUCAGUCUUCCUGAAUAACAAACAUCUGGGCCAUAGCACGAGCCACCCAGUUUUUCAUAAACAUCGAGCAAAUUGGAAUGCAAUAUUGCCACUAAGAGAGAAUUCGACGUCCCUGAAUCUUAUCAGACUCCAUGACCCUAAGUCUGAAGAAAUAUUCUGUGUAUUGCCUUGACUUGAUUUAAGUCAACCAAUUAUUCAAAAAAUAUUUAUCUAACGGAAAUAGCUACUAAUAUAAACUUUAUUAUGGAGGAGAAGAUGAGGGCAUCUGCGUCCUUCUGAAUCUAAAUCAAGGCACAAGGAUUACAACUACGAUUAUGGAGGCUUUCAUGGCAGCAUAUAAAUAAUGUUGCUUUUGAAAGGACGAUAAAUAACUUUCGAGCCAUUUUGGUGUCAUUAGUCCUUACUAGUUUAUAGAAUGGGUUGUAAAUGAUCAUCAUGGUAACAGAGAAUGUCUGCCAACAUAAAUACUAUAUUUCUACAAAUUCCAUCUUCUGUAGGUGACAAUUUUGUUAUUUAUAGAUAUCCUGAUAUCGAUCACCAGUUAUGGAUCACAUUAGCCAUUAUUCUUUGUGAAGUGUUACUAUAAUUACACCAGUCAUGGAUCACAGCAGGUUCCUCGAAUUACCAGAAGUUCUUACACGGAAGUCUUGUACAUACAGAUAUGAGCUUCUGUAGCUGACAAUCUUGUUACAUAUAGGUAUUCUGACAUCGACUUCCAGCUUGUACAUUCUCCAUGUUAUCUGGUGCUCUUACAUUGAAAUCCUGUAUCCUACAAGUAUAAAUUUCUUUAGCUGAUAGUCUUUUCAUAUAUAUCUUGAUGUCAAUUACCAGUUAUGGAUCGCAUUGGUCGUGGCAACCAAUAGCAGCGCCUGGCUGGGCACUGGCGUGGUGGUGACCAACAUGAGGAACUUCCCUCUCAGCAGGGGAACAGUCGCAGGCCUCUUGAAGGGCUAUGCUGGGCUCAGCGCCGCUGUCUACACUGGAAUUUACGCUGGAAUCCUACACAAUUCAUCCACGAGCAUCUUGCUUCUACUCACUCUGGGUAUUCCUUUAGUCUCCAUCUUGUUGAUGAGUUUCGUCAGGCCAUGCACGCCAGCUUCAGGGGAUAACACCACAGAAGGGGGCCAUUUUCUAUUCGUUCAGGCUUCCAGUGUUCUACUGGGCCUUUAUCUGGUGAUCACCGUUGUGCUGGAUGAUGCGUUUAGUUUGAAUGAUGCCGUCUCCUACACAUUUGUGGGUGGCAUGGUGCUCUUGCUCCUAGCCCCCCUCGGGAUUCCAUUGAAGAUGACGGUUUUCCCUGCUACGGACAAGAAGAAUGGCCCCUCUGCCCCGGUAGACCCAGAGGAGCCUGAGUUGAAAGAGGUACUGUUGAGUAAGUCUUCUUCGUCGGUCAUUCUCAGGAGCUCCCAGGAGCUUGACGAUGCCUCUGAAAUGGGCAUCCUUCUUGCUGAAGGGGAGGGGGCAGUGAAGAUGAAGAGAAGGCCCAGGAGAGGGGAUGAUUUCAGAUUCCGUGAGGCCCUUGUCAAGGCUGACUUCUGGCUUCUGUUCCUGGUGUACUUCCUGGGGGUCGGCUCAGGGGUCACUGUCCUCAACAAUCUGGCUCAGAUUGCAACUGCCUCAUAUGUGGAAGAUACCACUAUCCUGUUGACCCUCUUCAGCUUCUGCAACUUCAUUGGGCGGCUCGGUGGGGGUGUCAUCUCUGAACACUUUGUCAGGUAAAACCCCAGUUGACUUUUUCUUGAAAUUUUCAGAAUCACUGUCUCCUUCUAUCAUAACUAGUUCAGGACUAUUCGAUCUGUGGGUUUUCUCGGUAAUAACCGGUACGAGACUAUUUCUAACACUUGUGAAUUGUAUUGUCAGAUCCAGAGCACUUCCCAGAACCAUAUGGAUAGCCUUCACGCAGCUGACCAUGGUCUUCAUCUUCCUGCUCUUUGCUUCGGCUAUCAAUGGGGCCCUCCAUGCGUCUCUGGCCCUGCUUGGCAUCUGCUACGGUGUCCAAAUCUGUAUCAUGGUGCCCACUGCGUCCGAGCUCUUUGGGCUGAAGCACUUUGGUGUCAUCUACAAUUUCCUGUCCCUGGGGAACCCCAUGGGGGCCCUCUUGUUCUCCGGGCUUCUGGCAGGGUCUGUGUAUGAUGAAGCGGCGGCCAGGCAGCACCAAGGUGAUGUGGGUCCCACUGUGGCCUCAUGCGUGGGGCCCGAAUGCUUCCGACUCACCUUCCUCUUGCUUGCUGCAUUCUGUGGAGUGGGUUUCCUCUUGAGCUUGGUCCUGACCUUGAGAGUGAGACCGGUGUACCAGAUGCUCUACUCUGGUGGCUCCUUCUCCACUGGCAGGAGCUCAGGUCACUGA